GAUCCAGACGAUGCUUCGACAUUCGUAACUGGCAUUGCUCUGUAUAGAAACCUGGGCAGCAUUCUCAAUCUGCAGAGAAACAGCACAGUCCUCAAUUCCAAGGUUUUGUCAGUGACCAUCAAGCCCACCCCUGCUUCCCUCACUGUUCCAUUUGUGGUUGAGUUCUCUCACCUUUAUAAUGGCACCACCAACCACACCUGUAUAUCCUGGGAUGAGAGUGACAGCUCCUCUCUGCUGGGAUCCUGGUCUGCCAGGGGCUGCAAAACCGUGCUUGUCGACUCAUUCAGAACCAAAUGCUCUUGUGACAGACUGUCCACCUUCGCCAUUUUAGCACGGCUAAAUCCCGAAAUGAACAUGGAUAAGACACAACUCCCGUCUGUGACACUGAUUGUAGGCUGUGGAGUGUCUUCACUGACAUUGCUGCUACUCAUCAUCAUCUAUGUGUCUGUCUGGAGGUACAUCCGGUCUGAGCGUUCAGUCAUCCUCAUUAACUUCUGCCUCUCCAUCAUCUCGUCCAAUGCUCUUAUUCUCAUUGGACAGACGCAGACACGGAAUAAGAUCUUAUGCACCCUGAUUGCUGCGUUGCUUCAUUUCUUCUUCCUGUCUUCAUUCUGCUGGGUUCUGACAGAGGCAUGGCAGUCCUACAUGGCAGUGACAGGCCGCCUCAGGAAUCGCAUCAUACGCAAGCGUUUCUUGUGUCUCGGCUGGGGUCUCCCUGCUCUAGUAGUGGCGAUCUCAGUGGGAUUCACCAAGGCAAAGGGUUAUGGAACACCAAGCUACUGCUGGCUGUCUCUGGAAGGAGGUCUUCUCUAUGCAUUUGUGGGACCCGCUGCAGCCGUAGUCUUGGUUAACAUGGUUAUUGGGAUUCUCGUUUUUAACAAACUGGUGUCCAAAGACGGAAUUACUGAUAUGAAACUAAAGGAGAGGGCGGGUCAGAUGACAGUGCCACUGUACAAUAUGACGCUCAAAUGUGCCAAGUGCGGAGUUAUCUCUUCGGCUGACGUUUCCACCACAGCUACCAGUAACGCCAUGGCGUCACUGUGGAGCUCCUGUGUGGUAUUGCCACUCUUGGCUCUCACGUGGAUGUCAGCUGUCCUGGCCAUCACCGACCGACGUUCUGCGCUCUUCCAGAUCCUUUUUGCUGUGUUUGAUUCACUGGAAGGCUUUGUCAUUGUCAUGGUUCACUGCAUCCUUCGCAGAGAGGUUCAGGAGGCAGUGAAGUGUCGUGUGGUGGACCGACAAGAAGACACCAAUGGAGAUUCAGGAGGAUCAUUUCAGAAUGGCCAUGCUCAGCUAAUGACUGACUUUGAGAAAGAUGUGGAUAUGGCUUGCAGAUCAGGCACCAUGAAGCGCUCAUCCCUCCAGGGGGAAGAGAAGGCCUCCUCUGGAACCCUCACUCUUCAAAAAGGUUCUAAUUUUAACACCAUGCCGGCCAGCAUGGCCAAGGUUCACCUCCAGAAUGUGGCCGACUAUACGAGCCACACUUUGACGAUGCGGAGGGAGAAAGGCGCCACAAAAGGAAUCAGUACCGAGCUGCCGGGUGCCAAAUCCAUCUACAUCUGCGACGGCGAACUCUUCAAGCAGCUGGAUGGAGAUCUGCCUCGAGGGAACGGUGAAGGCAGCAGCUCUGAGGGGGCUGGCAAAGGCCCAGGGUAUGUCAUUCUACCGACAAACAACACGGGCACCCUGAAACCGUCCAAGGGGAAAGAGGAGCAGGCAGCCAAGUAUAACAUCAGCAUUGAGCAGCUGCCUCAGACCAGGCUCAUCCACCUGGCUAACCCUGCCAGUGGAGAGCCAGUGCCUGGCUUUGGGCUGAAGAGCCUGCCUGCUGACCAGGUCAGUGUGUCAUGCUCUGACAGAGACUCACCUGCGCACAACCUGCAGAACGUGCCCAGAGACUCCAAGGUGACCAACAACAUGUGUGACGGAGGAGAGUCUGGAAAUUCUGGAGUGGUGUCCAAGAGUGAGACUGUCUCCACACUGUCCAUGAGCUCGCUGGAGAGACGAAAAUCACGCUAUGCAGAGCUUGACUUUGAGAAAAUAAUGCACACCCGGAAACGCCACCAGGACAUGUUUCAGGACCUGAACAGGAAGAUUCACAGUGCAGACAAGGAUAGAGAAUCUCCACCUGUUGACGCCAAAGCUACCAAAAGAUGGAGUGUGUCCUCUGCCAGCAGCGACAAGACCAACAUGAGUGACAAACAGCAGACCCCGAGCAAGAGGGCGUGGGAAGGCAUUCGUAAGACCAACUCACCCCCGUCCUGGGUGCGGAAGGACCUGGAGACAGUGGCGGCCUCCCCUCUUGAGCUGCAGACAGUAGAGUGGGAGAAGACAAGUGCAACCAUUCCUCUUGUGGGCCAGGAGAUCAUGGACCUGCAGACAGAGGUGUGACCCAGAUUCUGGCUCACAGCACACAGUUCCACUUUUGCUCCAGAGCUCUCAGACAACCAAGCAGACACACGACACACACACUGCCCUGCUGUGUACUUCUAUUCAAAGGCUGGAUGUAGCCGAGACCGUGAGGGGGAAAGGAGGGCAAGGAAAAGAGUCACAAUGACAGAAAAUCAAGUUAACGAAUUAAAGAGAGAAUGAGAUCACGGUGUCUCGUUCUCUGUUUCAUUUGAUGUUUUUGAAGCCACCAAUUACUGGUCACCUUCCUGUAUAUGAUCUGCAGGCUUACGCUGGAGACAGAUUGCCAAAGUAGCAGAUGAAGCUGCUAUAUGUGCAUCAUUAAGUCAUGUAAUAAACAGCAUAGCAAAGGUAAUCACGCGAUGUUUACCCCUGUAUUAAAUGGUUACAAUGUAAUAAUCAUGAUUAUGUCUCUUUAUUUUCACUGUUGAGAGUAUUGUUGCAUUGCUGUUCUGCUCUCUUUAUUCCUGACCAAAUUCUGAUGUUGUAUGCAGCUCAACAUGCCUCUGAAUUUCUCUCUUUUUCGACAUAAGCCUUGGGAAGAAAAAAUUCACAUGGCGUUUGAGGAGGCAGACUGCCAAACAUACACCCAUAUGUGCCCCUCAGUGCCGCUCCCUGCUCCCCAACAAUUCACUCCAGUCUCUAACGCCUUAUCCCACCCCUCACGAUAGUAGGCCAAGGCUGGCCCUGCAGCGACAAGGAAAAAAAACGGGGGGGGAGUGAGAAAAAGAAAUCAAAAACAUCACGUUGAGCCAAAAUGGAAAGUUGCCUUCUCAUCGACGGACACCUCAGAGAUGGUGGAGGGCAUGCCGGCGGGCUUUGCGCUCUGUUCGCUCUUCAACCUCAAUGCCGCCUAAAAGAGGGACAACAGGAGUACAGCAAACACAAGUUGGUUGGGUCAGUUUCUCGAUGUACAAGCAGGCUUGAUACAGUUAAUGCAAACAUGAUGCUAAGGGAAAAAAGGUAUUACUGUGUGUGAAUAUGUGUGUGUGUGUGCGCACUGAAAAAAUGGAAGAUGAAUAAACCCAUAGAUCUAUCGAUAUAUAUGUUAUGAUGAUUACAGAUAAUGACACGUACAAGGUAGAGUAAUAUAAAGGUUGGUGGUUGCACACAGAGAAAGCACAAGGCUCAUUUGGAGUCCUGAUGUACAGCAUUGUAAUUAUUUCAACAGAGUUCUACAGAAUGGAUUUUAGCCUAUAAAUAUCUUUCUUACUGUGCUUGGGGGUAGUUGUCAUCAUUAUUAUAAAUAUGAACAUGAUUAUUCUGAUACCAGUCCUUCCAUUCCCUCCCCCUGUCCUUUCAGGGUAUUGGACUAUACGAGUGUUCUGUAUCACAGUGUAACAGUGUGUGUUUUGAUAUCACCGCCAGUCACUCCCUCAGAUCUGUAUUUGUUGAAAAAACCCUGACUGCCGACCUCUGAGCUCCUGCUUCCUCCGACCUCUGAUUUGCGCCCCACCCUGGCACACACACAC